UGAUUGUCCCGCCCCUAAGGUUAAACUUAAAAGCCCAGCUUACCGCGGAAAUGUUCUGCAUGGUUAUACUGAUGAUGAGACUGACUGGCAGACGCCUCCAGCCGCCGGGCUGCGUGCUGGCACUUUGCUUAAUGGCCCUGAUUCUCUGGGAGAUUCCUGGGGCCUGGGCCCUGGACAAUGGCUUGGCCAUGACCCCCACCAUGGGCUGGCUGCACUGGGAGCGCUUCAUGUGCAACACUGACUGCACAGAGGAGCCGGAUUCCUGUAUCAGUGAGAAUCUCUUCAUGCAGAUGGCAGAUCUCAUGGACUCAGAUGGCUGGAAGGAAGUAGGAUAUGAGUAUCUCUGCAUUGACGACUGUUGGAUGGCUCCCCAAAGAGACUCAAAAGGCAGACUUCAGGCAGACCCUAAACGCUUUCCUAGUGGGAUCCGCCAUCUAUCUAAUUAUGUCCAUAGCAAAGGACUGAAGCUAGGAAUUUAUGCAGAUGUUGGGAAAAAAACCUGUGCAGGCUACCCUGGGAGUUUGGGACACUAUGACAUUGAUGCCGAAACCUUUGCCGACUGGGGAGUAGAUCUGCUAAAAUUUGAUGGUUGUCACUGUGACACUCUGGAACAGCUGGCAGAUGGUUAUAAGCACAUGUCCUUGUCCCUGAACAAGACUGGCAGAAGCAUUGUGUACUCCUGUGAGUGGCCCCUUUAUAUGUGGCCCUUUAAGAAGCCCAAUUAUACAGAAAUCCGACAGUACUGCAAUCACUGGAGAAAUUUUGGAGACAUUUAUGAUUCUUGGCAAAGUGUAAAGAGUAUUUUGGACUGGACCUCUUCUAACCAGCGGACAGUUGUUAGUGCUGCAGGACCUGGAGGUUGGAAUGACCCAGAUAUGUUAGUGAUUGGCAACUUUGGCCUCAGCUGGGAUCAGCAGAUAACUCAGAUGGCCCUUUGGGCUAUCAUGGCAGCUCCAUUAUUCAUGUCCAAUGACCUCAGACACAUCAGCCUUCAAGCCAAAACUCUCCUACAGAAUAAGGAUGUAAUUGCCAUCAACCAGGACCCCUUGGGCAAGCAGGGGUACCUACUUAGAAAGGAAGACAACAUUGAGGUAUGGGAACGCCCUCUCUCGAAGUUAGCCUGGGCGGUGGCUGUGGUAAACCUGCAGGAGAUUGGUGGACCUCGUUCUUACACCAUCAGUCUUGCUUCCCUGGGUCAAGGAGUGGCCUGUAAUCCUGCUUGUCAUAUCACAGAACUCCUUCCUGUGAAGACAAAACUUGGGUUUUAUGAAUGGACUUCAUUUGUAAAAACUCGAAUAAAUCCCACAGGCACUGUUUUACUUCAGCUAAAAAUAAGCCAGACUACAUUUUAAAAGCUUCCUUAAAAA